AUGGAUGAGGAGAUGAAAAGUAAAGUAGAAAUAGCUAGGAAUAGUGACAGAAUUAUGGUCGUAAAAUUGAUAUUCGAAGAAAAAGUGCUGAAUGUAAUAAGUGCCUAUGCACCAGAAGUAGGAUGUGAUGAAAUAAACAAGGAAGUAUUUUGGAGAGAGAUGGAUGAGGUUAUGCAAGGAGUAUCUGGCAAUGAAGAUGCGAUGAUAGGCGGAGAUAUGAAUGGAAAUGAAGGUAAUGAGAGGAGAGGAUAUGAAAGAGUACAUAUAAGAAAAAGUACAGUAGCUAACAACAAAUUAAAUAUGUAUGAAAUGAAUAAUAGCACAAGUCAACCAAAAAAACGAAUUCAAGAUGUUAAGACAGGAUGGAACUCAACAUAUUAUAUGUUAGUUAGGUUUGUAGAAUUGAAAGAUUCUAUUCAUGGCAUUUUAGAGUUACUUAAUAGGGCACCAGAAAAUCUUAAAAAGCCAACUGAAACAUCUAUAUCUCAAGAAAUCAUCGAAGUUCAACGUUAUUUAGAAGAUGCUGUACUACAGAGAAAAAACGACACAUUAAAAUGGUGGUGUGAGCAUAUACCCAUACCUAAAGUCACUGUCAAAAAAGACAUUAUGUUGUCUUGA